CCGGAACCCUCGUCGGCUCGUAGCCGGAGACGGCUGCGGCUGCGGCUGCGGCUGCGGCUGCUCAAAGCGGGCGGACCUCCGCGUCUUCAUCUCCUCGGCGUCCCGGCUCCGCCGCCUCCGUGGUCGAGACCGAAGGUAUGUGACGCAUUCCCAGACCAUCCUGCAAGCUCAACGCCAGCUCCUUCUCUGUGACUGGGUCCAGAUAAAGGUCCUUUCAAGACUGACUUCAUUGGAUCUACUGGCAAGGACCCCACCAGGUUUUCCUGACCCUACUACAUCACUGUAAAGAGCCACCGGGCAAGAGUGCCAGCAUCAACAGAAGACACACUGCGUCCGGCAGCGCCUGUUUCACCAGGCAUAAUAACCUUACCAGCAGUGCAGAGUACCCUUGUGGGACACCAUCACCCGCUGAUACUGCUGCUGCUGCUGAACAGUUCAGACUAGAGGUCUGGCUUUCCUUAAGACGCUGGGAUUUGAAGGAGCUAUUCUGUGAUCUGUGCUUCUAGUAAGUGACUGAUAGUAUUCUAGACUGGACUGGUCCGUGAGUACAGAGACUGAGUUGCAAUUAAGUGAAAAAUAGAAUACAAGAUCUUGAAGAACUGCACUGAGGUGCAAGCCAGAUUUAACACUCCAGUGCUGUGACCUGAGAAGUUGCUAAGGAAACCUGUACCAGGACCAAUUGUCACCGCCGCUUACUGCCUUUCUCUGUGUCAUUGUUGCCUUUUGCUGUUACACUGCUUGUGCUGUCUUUCUAAGCCCAGAUGUUCUCCGAUAACUCCCACUGCCCUGACUGUGGGCAGCAGUGGUUCCCUAGUUUAGAACUAGGGCAUUGGUUAUACCAAACUGAACUUGUUGAGAAUGAAUGUUACCAAGUGUUCUUAGACCGUAUUAACCGAGCUGAUUAUUGCCCUGAAUGUUAUCCUGACAAUCCUGCUAAUAGAAGCCUUGUUCUGCCUUGGUCUUUCCCACUUGAGUGGGCACCUCAAAAUCUCACCAGGUGGACCUUUGAGAAAGCUUGCCACCCAUUUCUUCUGGGUCCGCCACUGGUUAGAAAAAAGAUACACGACUCCAGAGUAGCUGGUUUUAAUCCUGCAUUACAGUUAAUCUUGACCAGAACAGACAAAACCUUAAACAAGAAACUUGGCCAAAGCAAGUGACUUCUGUAACAGAAUCAUGAACUCUUCCAGGGCUUUGUGUUCAUAGCCUAGGGGAGAGGAAUAGUAACUUGUUUCUGUUUUCUUUCUCUCUUAAUUUUUUUUAAGGUGCUGGGGAUUGAAUCUGGGUGCCCUUAUGCAUGCUAGGCAAGUGCUCUUCCGCUGAGUUUAACCCAAGGCCCUCUAAGUCCGACUCAGUCUGUCACUACUUGGUCUACUGCUUGACUUGUUGGGUCUGCUUCUGCGAUCUAUGCAUUUUGUUUUUUGUUUUUAGCAUAAAUUUAGUCAGUAUUGCAGACUGUUUACCUAGAACCAAACUAACCUGUAGUCCAGACAAAUGCUUUAGAACUAGAUUGCCCCUCCUAAGUAUUGACGAGAUAAUGUGGGCUGGAGGGGAGGCCCCAUGCCAGAUGCCCCAUUAACUUUUUCUAACAGCAACUUUUAUGAGAACACAUUCUUGUAGCUGGAUUCUAGAUUAUUCUAGUAAAUUUUAAUACACUACAUUGUUCUAGAUUUCUCCUCUUAUACAUUGAUCAGUAGUGAGAGAGAUGUGUAUGUAUAUAAAAUUUUUUCACAUAUAUAUUGACACUUCUAUCAUCAGCAUAAGUGUUACAGUGUUGAUAGCUGGUCCUUUCACAUUCUAUUUGUCAAUACCUACAGAGGUUACAAAAAAGGGUUAAGAAUGCCGCCAGUUUACACUCACUUGUCUCUACAUAACCAAAGACUGCUCUGUCUUGUGGUGACUGAAUUUAACGUCCUCCUAUGGAAAUGGAAAAAUAACCUGUGCUGUGAAAUUCAGAACAGAUGGUAAAGCUUGACUCCAUAUAAUUUAAGAAUAGUCUAGAGGAUGCUUUGUCUUAGACAUAAGAAUGUGUUGCUGAGCAUUGGCCACAUUCUGGGGUUCUCCUGUUCAUGGAAAUCAUGGAAUCAGAUUUGGAGUUAAGCAACUAGAAAAAACUCCUGGGAACAUCUGAGAAGCCACUGAACAAUUUUAAAUCCCACUUAAGAUUCUAGGUGAUCCAGUGCUUGUGUAGCAGCGAAAAUGUCAUCAAGGACCUGGUUCUUCUCUUUCCUCCCCUGGGGUUCUUAGGGGGGUUGCCUUUGUUUUCAUAGUUGUUCUUGAAAUGAAUUCAGUUAUGCUUUCUUGUGCCAGACAGUAGGGGACACGUGGCUUUCUUUCUUAAAAGUCUUAAUUUGGAAAUAAAAUCUUUCUGAAAUGUCUCAGCAGAUUUUUUUUUUUUUUUAAAUCUCAGCAGGUACUGGUUGACACUAGUCUGAGGAAAAACUUGGCAAAGGAGAAGAUUGGCCUUGCCCUGAUAUGGCACAUUGCCUCUGCUGAUAAAACUGUCAUCUUUUAAGGGGGGGUGUAUGGAAGAAUGAAUAGCUGUCGAUAUGCACCAAAUCUUGCUUUCCAUAUGUUGUGAAAUCUGGUUUUUGUCUGACUCUAUAAAGAUUGUAUUCUAGUGAGCCACUGUUGUGCCUGCCUAUGCCCAUCAUGGUGGAGGAUCUCUCCUGGUACAUUGCUGAAUAAACGGUGUGGACUGCUAA